UUGGAAAUUACCAAAAUGAAAUGUGCGGACGUUCGUGAGUGCACGUAAUUUUUGCUUUUUUAUUCGUCUUUCCAAUAAUUUCGGAGUGGUAUUUACAAUUGUGUCGGAUCUGAUGAAGCUCAAAUUAUUUUAAAUGUAUGUAAAGCUACCGCGGGGGAGGUACACGUUUAAUUGAUAAAAUGCAAAGAAUAAUUAUUGAACUUUCGAAAAUGUCAUCUAGGAAUUACUGUGUUGUGUUUAUAAUUUUCGCUCUUGCGAUAGUUCAAGCUGUUGGUUACAACACGGAACUGUACGAAACCGCUGCGUGUGAUAGCAACGCUUGCUUCGAGCAACUACACGGCGCUCUAGGAGACUGUUCAUGUAACGUAGACACUAUCGACUACUUUAACAAUGUAAAGAUAUUCCCCAGGAUUCAGAGCGUAGUUGGAAAAGACUAUUUUCGCUUCUACAAGGUUAAUUUAAAAAAAGAAUGCCCGUUUUGGGCAGACGACAGCCGGUGUGCUAUGAAACAUUGUCACAUAAAAACUUGUUCAAAAGAAAGCGUGCCUGGUUUUGAGAAUGGUUACGACAACGAUUACGAAGAGAUGUCACCGGCUCUUAAAUACACAGAGAACGCUCAGUCUCCUUGUAAAUCAGAUACCGACCAUGAUCCUGCUUUGGGCUAUUUAAACAUGACCCUAAGUGCUGCGAGCCAAUAUGAAAUCGCCAAAUGGAAAGCAUACGACGAUUCGAUAGGAAAUUUCUGUGAAUGUGACGACAAGGAUGCAGACGCAGAGUAUGUGGAUUUGUCUCUAAAUCCCGAAAGAUACACAGGUUACAAAGGUCCUUCCGCUCACAGAAUAUGGAGAAGUAUCUACCAAGAAAACUGUUUCCGUGUUAAAACAAAUCCCUAUGAAUCAUUUCCAUAUGUCUUAAGCUCUGAUUUGAGUAACAUGUGCUUAGAAAAAAGAGUUUUCUACAGAGCUAUAUCUGGAUUACAUUCUAGUAUUAAUAUCCAUUUGUGUUCAAAGUAUUUGUUAUCUGAAAAAAAGUUAGGUUUUGCAGCACCACCUGAAGGUGAAUGGGGAUCUAAUUUGGAUGAAUUCCAACGUCGUUUUGAUCCAUCCCUUACAUUUGGUGAAGGUUCAAAUUGGCUUAAGAAUUUAUACUUUGUUUAUUUGUUAGAAAUGCGAGCAUUAGCUAAAGCAGGGCCUUAUUUAGAACGUGAAGAUUACUUCACUGGUAACCCAGUGGAAGAUGAAGAAACUAGAGAUGCAAUACGUAAUAUGUUGGGAGUAAUUUACAGUUUCCCUGACCACUUUAACGAGUCUUCCAUGUUUAUUGUUGGGAAUCAGGCUACUAAAUUAAAACAAGAGUUCCGUGAGCAUUUCUUGAAUAUAUCACGUAUAAUGGAUUGCGUUGGCUGUGAUAAAUGCAAGCUUUGGGGGAAGCUGCAAACACAAGGGCUUGGGACAGCAUUGAAAAUUCUCUUCUCAGGCCAAUGGGACAGUUUUGAAGGGGACCCAGAACAGGGAAGAUUGAUGCUGAAACAUAAGUCCCACAAGAGGUUGCAAAGGACAGAGAUAGUAGCAUUGUUUAAUGCCUUUGCAAGGUUGUCUAACAGUAUACGAGAAUUGGAAAACUUCAGAAAUAUGCUUAGCACGCACACUGAAACCCAUCAGAAGAACAUAUUCGGCGGGAGUCAAGAUGUCGAUCCGAGGAAAGUAAGAUGUUCUGCAGCAGGAUCUAAAGCUCGGAUUUGGAGUUAACUUAAAUGAGUUCAGGUUUUGUUUUUACCUCAUCCUGAGCAUAUAUUCUGUUUUGUAAGAAUAUGAGACAAGGACUCUUAGCAAUAUUAAAAUCGUAAGACUUGUGACGUAAAAACUUACAGCACUUGUUACGUCACAAAAAGCAUGUCUUACUUAAGUCUCAAAAAUCUUUUGUUGCUAUGUCAAGAUACGAAAGUCAUAACUCGAAGGAAACUCCAAAGAAGAGAGAAGCAGCGAGGUGUAGAAAUGGCAGUAAUUAGCCAAUCAGAUAGCGUUAAUCACAUGCUCUUGAAUUUUUGAGUUCAUUUUAUGUGUAUCAUUUUCCUACAAAACGGAGUCCCGUAAACAAAACCUUAAUCUUUACCGCUAAUAGAAUAUAAUGUAUUGUAAUAUUAAAUUUCUUAUCGAUAUUCAUUUGAAGGAUUUUCAACGAAUUUUGGUGUGUGGCGUGCAUAGUUAUUUCAAUCCAAUUAAAAAAAUAUUUAUAUUAUUUCUUUCAGUAUAACUAAACGUGUGUUUUGCAUUAUCCCUUUACAAAUUGGAUUGAAAAUUCGUUCAGAAAUGUAUAAAUUUGUAAAUUCAUAACAAACCUUUACGAACGUUUAUCGAUUCACUCAUUCCAUCAUAAUCCGGUAAUCAUGUUAACAGGUUAUUUUAGUAUUAUUUAAGUCACAAAACCUUUUUCCUGUCAUCAUCAUAGCUCAUAUGUAGUGAAAUUUACAAUAAUGCUCAUGAUAUAUUUUGCAUUAGUAACGUGAAAAACAUAUUUAUUUUAAUGUUAGAGAUUAAAUUUUACGUGCAUGUUACAUAAUAUAAAUAAUAUAAUUCAAGUAGUAAGGUUAAACAUCACAAUUUUUUUUAAAAAUCAUCCAGUGAUUUUCAUACUAAAAUUAUACAACAUUUCGUGCAUAAUGGCGAAGUAUUGUAAUAUAUACUUUUAAUAUACAUCUAUCUAUCGAUAUUUCGUAAUAUAAACUUACAUAUAACACAUAUAACUUCCGACGCCCUCUUUUAUAAAAAUGACAUUUGCCAGAUGUGAAACUUUAAACUAUGUGUAUCGUAUUCGUAUGUUUAAAGCAAUUUAAAAGCGGCUUUUUUUUAUAAAGAAUGUGUGAUGUUAGCAAGGAGAGCGAGAGAAAAGAUGUGUUCUUUUUUCGAAAGCUAAGUUAAGGCCGUACUCUCAAAAAAGGUUUUAAAUCUUAUUGGCAGUAACAAUGGUAGAAAUAACUUUGCAAAAACGAAUUAUAAGUCUACAAGGUAUGAGAAGUAAUAUGGUUUUUGUCUUCUUUCUUAUAAAAUUUCAUCAUCAAAUAAUUUAUUAUCUUCCUCAGUUGUAAUUUCUUGAACCAAGAUGAAAAAUUUAUUUGUAUCGUCUUCGGAAUAUGUUGUAUUCACAGAAUUAAGAACAUACAGAAACCGUGUACAACACCUAUAUUGAAGCAUCAAAAACCACUCCACUUCAGACUGCUUUCUUUCUAACUUAACUAACUAGGUUUAGGCGCGGGCGCCAUGACAAAGUUCUUAACUUGUAAGUUCGCCGCUGGCUUAAUAGGGUUGGGAAGCCCUGCUAUAAAAAAGCGGUCCCUAAAAAGGUUCCAUAUACGUCUAUCACUUCGCAACCUUGCAAUCGCACAGACUUUAUGGAAAGCCAGCGUUAGGUAAUUAAGUACAAAUAUGCCUUAUUAAAAACAAAACUGUCUUAAUUAUUGGAUGUAGGUAGAUACUUUUAAAAUAAAUUAUACAGUUAAUUGUGUGUAAGUAUAUAAGAUGGAUCACGUUAAUUUUUUGACACAAUGUAGCGUUGUUUAUGCACCGUUAUAUUAAAACUAAAUCAACUCAAAAACUUUGGGAUCAAUUUGUUUUCUGAUGCCUGAUUUGUCUCCUUAAUACUAAUACGAGAACAUAACCACUGACUUUUGCUUUGGGUAGAUGAAUAGGAUGAUCAGAAACAUUUUAUAUAGUUAGGUGGCAUUUUUAUUUUAUAAUUACAGGGUUAUAUAAAAAAAAACAUAAAGUUUACAUUAAAACUACUAACAACUUUAGUUCUAAGCCUUUUUUGCUCGAUAGUUUGUGAAACAUUAAAUAUUUAAUAUUUUACACACUCUACUCACUCUACUUGUUACUACUCUGUAAUGUAACAUCGGCAACAGAGAGCGAACCGCGACUCUAACGUGGGGUCACUGAUCCGACUACGCGACGUUGUAGAAUCACAUAUAUUUGGUUUCACAGUGUAAUGUCAAUUUACAGAAAUCACAUAAUUAUUAUUUUUUUUAUUAAUAAAUUAAUACUGA